GGGCGACAUUGCACGUUGGCUGUUCAGUGUCAUUGCAAGUUUCGGUGGAGACAGGAGUGGGCUACAAGUCUCGAACAGUUCAAGUAUUGCAGUUUCUCCGUUGGUCUAUUCUGUGCGUAGCGUGGAAAACCGAGGUUUCGACAUUAUAUAGGUCUUCUGGUGGAGCGCGGAUGGUUGACUCGGAUGGACGAAGCUACUAUGUACGCGGUGUGAAAUGACAAAAGGAAGUUUGGCUGUGAUUCUCGGUGCCUUCGUCUUCUGGGUCACUCAGCACACGGCGGCCGGCGAAUACGGCAAAGAGGUGCCGCUCUACGUGCGAAACAAUGCGGGUCACAGCAGCCAGGCGGCCCGAACCGACGGCGGCGCGCACCUAUACGCCACCAAUGGCGAGUACAGGCGCGGUGCGUUCAGUGGCGGAAACAAGCACGACCACCAGGGGUACAACCAGCAUCGCCAGAACAGGCUGCUGGGCGAGAGCGAGACGAAAGCGAACGACAAGCGAUACGCGUUCGAGAACGAGGGCUACGAGCACAAAAGGGUCAGCGCUUCGGCUACCAGUUCGGAAACAGUUUCUACAAGCCGUUCCCGUCCGUCGUAUUCUCGAUGUUGCCUCCCGAUCCGGAGCUUCUCUAUAUGCUCUAUAUCGCCUCCCUCUCCCAACAGGGAGGGCCGGGAGCACAGGGAGGACCGGGAGCACAGGGAGGGCUGCCGCUGAUCGGAGGCUACGGCGGGUCGGGGAGCAUUCCCGCGUUUGGAGGAGGGAUACCGGGGGCACGGGGUGGGUAUCCCGCACGGGGCGGGUACCCGGGACGCGGCGGGUUUCCGGGACGCGGCGGGUUUCCGGGACGCGGCGGGUUUCCGGGACGCGGCGGGUUUCCGGGACGCGGCGGAUAUCCGGGGCGUGGGAGUUUUCCUGCUCCGCCCUUAGCUGGCAUCGGCGCUUCCCCCGGGCAGCCGUUCGGGCCGGGAUCGGCGGGGACUCCGUACGCGCCCGCCGCCGGAUAUCCGCCGGCGGCCGCCGCCGGAUUUCCGUCCACGGCCGAGACGAACGGAAUCGACUUAAAGGCCUUAUCGUCGGGUGUUUUCUACGCGGGCGGGGAGUACCCGGGGGGCGUGCAGCCGGCACCCUCAUCCUCCCACGCCCCCCACCGCGGCCCGCUGUACGGAGCACAGUUCAACCGCAGGACGGCGCCACCGUCGCAGCCGCUACCCUACCCUGCGUAUCAAGGAGCAGUGCAGCAUCCGUACGGCACGCGCGCGCAAGCGGCCCCCGCUACAGGGUAUUCGCCGGCCGGCCGCGCGUAUGUACCGUACGCACAGACGGCCAGCCGUCAGGGUCACGGUCAAUACCCUGGCUAUCCCCCCGCCGCCCAUCGCGGUCAACCUGCUCACUCUCACUAUGCGCCCGCUGCGCACCAGGGUAGUCAGCCAGCAUACCCUGCUCCCCUCGCCGCCCGAUAUCCGCCUGCUGCCCACCAUGGUAGUCAGCCAGCAUACUCUGGCUAUCCACCCGCUGCGAAUCAGGGUAGUCAGCCAGCAUACCCUGGCUACGCACCUCCCGCACAUCAGGGUAGUCAGCCACCAUACCCUGGCUACCCACCUCCCGCACAUCAGGGUAGUCAGCCAGCAUACCCUGGCUACCCACCCGCUGCGAAUCAGGGUAACCACCCAGCACACCCUGGCUACGCACCUCCCGCACAUCAGGGUAGUCAGCCAGCAUACCCUGGCUAUCCACCCGCUGCGAAUCAGGGUAACCACCCAGCACACCCUGGCUACGCACCUCCCGCACAUCAGGGUAGUCAGCCAGCAUACCCUGGCUACCCACCCCCCGCACAUCAGGGUAGUCAGCCAGGAUACCCUGGCUAUCCACCCGCUGCGAAUCAGGGUAACCACCCAGCACACCCUGGCUACCCACCUCCCGCUGCGAAUCAGGGUAGUCAGCUAGCAUACCCUAAUUACUCUCCCACUGCCCGUCGGGGCAGCCAGCCAGGCUACCCUGGCUACACGCCGACCGCGCAACGAGGCAGCCAGCAUGCGCCUAUACCUUUAGCAGCUCACCUCACGCCCGCUGCGCACCAGGGUAUCCAGUCGACCCACCCUGUAGCAAAGCCACCGCUGCACGUCGCGCACGGACCUCUCUCGGAGCAGAGCCGAUUGCCGUCGUACGGAGUGUCAUCUACGCAGACAAAGUACGGCCGCACACUGGUGCUGCCACCUAGCGAACAUGAUAAACCUCUAUACUUGCAUUCGACCCCGGCGCCUGCAUUCUACGGGCUGUCGGCGUCGCCGUCGCCUGGUUACCAAACGUCAGCGGCAGCGCCACCUACAUCCGGACAUCACUCGCCUGGAUAUCAACCAUCACAGGCAGCGCCACCUACAUCCGGGUACUACUCGCCUGGAUAUCAACCAUCACAGGCAGCGCCACCUACAUCCGGGUACUACUCGCCUGGAUAUCAACCAUCACAGGCAGCGCCACCUACGUCCGGGUACCAUUCGCCCGCACACUAUAGCGCAGCGAAGGUGGCGCCACCACCACCAGGUCAACCGCCGAGUGUCUACAACAGACCAUCACAGGCGACGACUCCUGUCUACACUCACGCGGCUAACUUCGGCAGUCGCUACCCGCCCGUAGCUUUAGAGAGCCGCGUCCAUGGAGACAAAUCCCAGAACAGUCACGGAAAGAGUGACCCAGCGAGUGACAGCACGGGUAAGCAACGUGGCAACGGCGGCGCUCCGACACAGCCGUACGUUGCCAGUGUUAACAAUCCAGCGCGUAAAAUUUAUAAUCAUGAGCGCAGGGGUGGUAGCGUUGUGGGAGCGACGAGAACUAGCGGUGCUCCAAAUCACUACGUCGGUCGUCUGCAGAACUACUAUAACCGGCCGACAGCUGCAGCGAACCCAGCGGCCGGCUACGGUAGAGCACCAGCUCGAUCAUCCGGAUUCCGACAUCAACUCGGUCAGCCGCAAGUCGCAAACACGCAUCCGUCGGCGCAUCCGGGCGCGUUUCCGGCGUACGCGAGUCCGGGUCCGAAUCUAUCGCAGACAAUGGCAAACAGUGCCUACAUGACGAAUGGAUUCCCCGUUCACUCGUUCUUCCCUUCGACGCUCGGCAAUAGUGCCUACGCCGGUGCCGGGAUGGCGAUGGAUCCUAGUCUAGGAUGGCUGCUAGCUCCCGUUGCUCAGGGCAGCGGUAGGAAGUGAUUUCGUAAAGAAUGAAGUAUAUUUAUGAUCGAUAUUAUAUCGAUAGGCUUUGCAUGCGCUGUAAAUACGUUGUUUGAUUUUAUGUGCAAUCGUGUGUCGUCGCUUUUGGUACUAUUUCAGCUUGUUAACUGUUGUUUUUGUCGUAGUAUUCCGCGCCCGAUGUUGCUCUUUCAUUUUAUAUUCGUCGAUGAAUGGUAUGAGCUUGUUCGUGUUGAGCUGUUAUCUAACUGCGUGGGAAUGCUGGUGCUGUUUGUAAGCGCCGCUGCUGUUGCUGCGCGUUCACGUGGCUUAUGUUUGCAAUAAAAGUGAAUUUGUUUAAGAAAAAA